AAUUCAAAAUACAAUACACGAUGAAAUAACUAAGCCAGGCAUGCGCGUUACAACUAACCUACUUAUCGUUUCAUUGCCAAGUCAUUGAACUACCGUUAAUACGUUCAUAGCAGAAUUCGUUUAAACCUCGACCUUUGUACAAAAUGACCUAGUUAAGGUGAACAACAUUAUUACCAUAAAUUAAUUGAGAAUGAGUUUCUGUCUUGGGUUUCUUAACCUAAAAAGAUUUAAAGAUGGUGCAUAUUUUUACAGAAGAGUGAAUAGAAUGUGUUCUACGAUUGUUACCAUAAGUGAUGGGCAGAUCAAGGGUAAAAGUGCAAGUGAUGAAAGGGGUGGAACGUAUUUUAGUUUUCAAGGUAUACCCUACGCGAAACCACCUGUUGGAAAUUUAAGAUUUAGGGAUCCACAACCAUUAGAAAAAUGGACUGGAGUCCUAGAUGCCACAAAACAGAGGAAAGGGUGCUUUUCCAGAAAGUUUCUGGGAAGUGGUUUUAUUGGAAGAGAAGAUUGUUUAAUUUUGAAUGUUUACACUCCGAAUACCAAAGAAGAUAGUUCACCAAAACCAGUAUUGUUCUGGAUUCAUGGAGGAGGGUUUACGUCUGGAUCCAGCACCACUGACUUAUAUGGGCCUGAAUACUUAAUGCCAGAAAAUGUAGUUUUAGUAACAAUAAAUUACAGACUUGGAGCGUUAGGAUUUUUGAAAUUUGAUGAUCCAUCCCUUGAAGUGCCUGGAAAUGCUGGUUUAAAAGACAUGGUUAUGGCUUUAAAAUGGGUACAAAAACACAUUAAAAAUUUCGGCGGAGACCCCAACAAUGUAACCAUAUUUGGAGAAAGUGCGGGAGGAGCCGCUGUUCAGUACCUAAUGUUAUCUCCUUCAUCGAAGGGUUUAUUCCAUAAGGCUAUCCUGCAAAGUGGGUCAGCUUUGAACCCAUGGGCUAGUGGCGACCCAGACAGCACUAAAAAGUUAGCAAAGGUUUUGGGAUUGAAUCCAAGCAAUGAACGCGAAGUUUUAGACAAGUUACAAAGCAUGAAGGUGGAGGAUCUUUUUACAAAUGGUGUGACAAAAUUAAAAGAUAGUUACAGUCCAGGCCAACUCAGACCAUUCUGUCCCUUAUUGGAUUGUAAAUCAUGUUUUGUCUCCAAAGAUCCUGUGGAUGCAAUACAAUCUGGAAACUACCAUAAGGUGCCCAUGUUGAUGGGAUGUACAUCCGAUGAAGGCAUGUUAAUACAUUUUUUAACACCAAAAAAGCAUCUUACAUCUGAAACGUCCUUCAUACCUCAAAAUAUGAAAGUGCAAAGAGGAUCACCUUUAUAUAAAGAAGUGGCGCAUAAAAUUAAAAAGUACUACUUGGGUGACGACUUGAAAGCUACAGAUUUUUACAGGUUAUUUACAGAUAACUAUUUCUUACUGGGGGUUUAUAGAAGUGCUAAACACCACAUAGAAACCAACGAUCAACCCAUAUAUUUCUAUCGGUUUUCUCUGGAUACAGAGUUGAACUUUCUUAAAAGACUACUGGAUAUUUCUGAUCCAGGAGCUUGCCAUGUGGAAGACAUUGCCUACUUAUUCAAAGGCGCCACAUCUCCAGAUCUUAAACCUGGCAGCAUAGAAGAAACAAGUGUACGUAGGAUGACAAAAAUGUGGACUGAUUUCGCUAGAUUUGGAAAUCCCACACCAAAUACCAACACGUUAAUACCGACCAAGUGGUUGCCAAUCACCAAAGAAAAAUUUAAUUAUCUGCGAAUUGAAAAAGACCUUAAAAUGGAUGUAGAUUUGGAACGAGAAUCUAUGGAGUUUUGGUCUAAAGUGGAAGAUGAUUUAAAGUUCAAAAAUAAAUUGUGAUAUAUUUAAGAUGUUGUGAUGUACCAAAUUUAAAUAAAUAUGUACAUAGUGUUUUGAUAUAAUAUAUUUUUAACAAGUA